AUGAACACUGAUGAUGGUGAUAAUUUAUUAUUACCUUUAAAUUAUAAUACUUUUCUACCCCGUCCACCCCCAACAGGUUUCAUUCCUCCCCCCACAGUCGUUGAAAUUUUUUCAUAUAAUAUAAAUGGAAUUAAUGGUGGAAUUAAUGGUGUUGAUGUUGGUGUUAGUAGAAUUGAUGGAUAUAAUGAAGAAAUAAAGGAUGAUCGUGACAUCCAUAAUAAUAUUUCUUCUAAUGUGUUUAAUGAGAAAAACAUAAAUAAUAUUAUGAAAAAUGAAUCAAACAAUAAUCAGAUAUUAACAACAUUAACAACUUUAACACAUGAUGAUAUACAAUUUCAUGAGAUUUUGCAAGGAAUGAAUAAUAUGGAUAUAUAA